UCUGCAGGAGGAGCAAAUACCACCCGACGAAAGAGGUCCGAUCGGGGGGGUUGCAUGUUUGCCCACUCAGCCGCUGUUGUUCUGUCGUCUCACUCUUGAUUUUUAUUUUGUUUCUUCCACCGCGGGUUCCGUUGACUGAUGUCAAUCCUCCAUCGAUAAUAAUAGUUUUAACUCUAAAACUCCUUUGCGCCUCUUCCUAGUGGAAGCUGGCAGCAGUCUCUCCUCAUCAGCAAUGGGUUGGGACUUGAGACAAUGGGUAGCCCUCGCCCGUUCCACGCAGCUCUUGGGCUCGCUGGCCGCCGUCGGUUCCCACGGUUACUUGACCAUCCGAGUCAAGGAAUCCGAACACGGUCUGACAAAGGAGAUAGUGGUGCUCGAGUUGAUGGCCUGUCUCAUCCUCGGCUACUCCAUUCUAGCUCUCGUCAUCCAGCAAACUGGCCGACGGUCUAAGCAGACGCGUUGGUUGAUCGCCACUGUUGUCUUCGAUGUGGUGUUAGUUGCUGUACUGCUCGGCAUCAUCAGCGUCCUCGGUCGGGGUGGGCUGCCGAUGCACUGUGCCGGCCUGAACCGGAAAGACGCCCAUACUAUACCCCCUCCGGACGGAUUCGAUACCGUCGGCUUCAGCGAUAAAAGUGAUGGUCGACGAGGCGAGCUCGACAAGCUCUGCUCUUUCGAGCAUCCGUACUUCGCCAUUGCGAAUAUCCUCAUCUUUACUUACAUGUUCACCGUUACUGCGACCGUCAUUCGCAUCUUGGAACAGAAGUACUACACCAGGAAUACGAAGGUCAACGAGCUGCUGGAUUCGCUGGAGCGGGCCGAGGAUAUCAACUUGAAGCUUAUGGACUCCCCAUCACUGCGAAACGAAUCGCCUAGCCUGAAUCUACGGCCGCCCGCUAGCGAAGGCAUUCUCACGCGCAACACAUCUCUCCGCAGCAAUUUCACAGCCGCGACUUCAGUAGCCGCCUCGCACACCGACGCUCCUGGGCGCCCUUCGAUCCCGCGCCGCCCCAUCGGCCAAACCCCACCCGUUCCCAGACGGCCCAUACCCCCCACAUCGGCCACUCCGUUUAGCGCCGCGAGCCCGGGGGCAGGCUUUGUCCCCGUCCCCCUGGACGACGACAACAGCGCGGAAGCAGCGCUUGUAUCGGACGGCAUGCGACACCAACCGCCUCCGCAUCAACACCACCAACGCAACUCGUCAAGAGACCACCAACAGCCCGCGCAAUUUUCACGAAUGCCAAUGCUCUCCGAGGAAGACCAGUCCGCCGACGCCGCCCUCGUCUCAGACGGCAUGCGGCCCGGUGACCACACGCUGCCGCCCUACCACCCGGGCAACCGGCGCAUGUCGGGCCACGGCGGCGACAACGAGAUGCGGCUGAGCGGGUACGUCAAGGGGCAGACGCGGGCGCAGGAUAUGAAGGAUUCCGGGAGGUAUUGAUCUUCUUGCUUGUCCGGAUCUACAUUAUUCAUGGGUAGAGGCGUAAAAUGGGGGGGGGUUGUGGAGCGGCGAGCUUCAGAAUGGCGUUAUGAUACCACAUCGCAUUGUUCGGCGUUUUUCGGGGGUACAAGGUUUUCGGAGACUGGUGGCUGUUGAACGCGGGGAUCUUGGAAUAUUGGGUAUUGGGUUACACUGUACACACACAACAAACAUUCUGGGCUAUUUCUUAAUCACAAGUCAUAAGUCUACGCAGUAGCUAAUGAGCUGUCACAUUUAUUCACACCAAUCUGGGCCUCA